CAGAAGUGGACGCCUCCCCUCGCGUCGCCGUUGGGGUCGUUGGCACAUGGCAUGGUGUCCAUUCGUCCAGCGACGAUCGAUGACUUGCCAGGCAUGCAAGCGUGUAAUUUGUGCUGCUUGCCGGAGAACUACCAGAUGAAGUACUAUUUGUACCAUGCCUUGUCGUGGCCACAGCUCCCGCAAGUAGCGGUUGAUAGCCAAAAUCGGAUUGUCGGAUAUGUCCUUGCCAAGAUGGAAGAGGACACUGAUGAAGUACAUGGCCAUAUCACCUCCCUGGCGGUCAUGAGAAGUUAUCGCAGACUGGGCAUUGCGACUGCGCUAAUGAGGGCCUCCAUUGCCACCAUGGAGGAGUGCUUCAAUGCGGAGUUCGUGUCUCUCCAUGUUCGGUACACCAACAGAGCCGCUUUCUCUCUGUACUCGGAGACCUUAGGCUUCGAGAUUCAGGAUAUUGAAGAGAAAUACUACGCGGACAAGGAGGAUGCAUUCGACAUGAGGAAGACGCUCAGAGCUGGCUUCGCCAAGCAGGAACAGGAAAAAGGCAAAAAGAAGCAGAAGGAAAAAGAAAAGGAGGCGACCAAAGAGGCCGAGAAGGGCGAGAAGGCGCCCGAGAAGGCCGAUGAGGAGAAGGAGGAAAAGGCGGAUGAGAAAGAAGAGACGGAGGAAGCUAAGAAGAAGCGAAAGAAGAAGGGAAAGAAAUGACCUGUCACUGCGACCGCCUCCAGUUCCGUUCUCACCACGAUUUUUGAGCCGCGGAUUUUUCCGGCGUGCCUCGUGGCUAGAGAGGGGCUGAAGGUCAGUGGAGGCCAUGAUAGGCCCUUCAGUAACCAACUGAAAACUCACAUGGGG